AUGGCUUUGUUUAUGUUGUUUAACUAUUUGUGGCUGUGGCUACUUCCAGUUUGGAAGGCAUUUUCGAGGUUGCUUUGUGAGUUUCACGCUGUGCAUGCUUUGAAUUUGCAAGUUUGGAAGGCAUUUUCGAGGCUACUUUGUGAGUUUCAUGCCGUGCAUGCUUUGAAUUUGCAAGUUUGCAAGGGAUUUUCGAUGUUGCUUUUUGAGUUUCAUGCCGUGAAUGGUUUGAAUUUGCAAGGGUUGUUGCUUUGUCUAUGUUAUUUAACUGUUGGUGGGCGUGACUGCUUCCAGUUUGCAAGGCAUUUUCGCAUAACUUUGCAUAUAGUUGUCGAGUUAGGUUUUGUUGUGGCUCUGAGUGAAUGGUUUGAAUUUGCAAGUUGCAAGACUGUUUUGUUGGGCUUGUUUCUGAGGUUCUCACCGUUAACGGUUUUAGGUUGCCAGGGAUCUAUUAAGGAGGAAAAUGCAAGGUAUAAAAAACUAAACAAUCAUUUAGAAAUCACCUUGUCUAAUGCAUCAAUACUGAAAUGCUACACCAAUGAAGAACAAGCAGAUCAACAAGGUCCUCCUUUCACGCCCAUUAAUGAAUUGUUUCAUCUAAAAAAUAACACAUUGGUUGACAUAAUUGGCCUUGUUCUAUAUGUUGGAGAUAUCAUUCCAAUACACAGGAUAGAUGGCAGUCAAACACAGAAACAUGUUGUGAAAAUUAAUGAUCUAUUUGAUUCAACAAUUGACAUCAACCUAUGGGGUCCAAUGGCAGAACAAAAAGGCCUAGAAUUGAAAAAUAUGUUGACCAAUGAUAGUGUGGUUAUCCUUGCUUUGCGUAAUGCUUGUGCUGGCUAUUUCAAUGGGAAGCUUAUAAACAUAACAGCUGCAACCACAUUACAUAUCAACCCAACUUUUCCAGAAGCAGAGCUUCUAAUAUUAAGAGGAAAGGACCCUUUGGUUGCUGUACCAUUUGUUGCAAAAACUAUCCACAUAGAUGGAAAAUAUACUAGAAUGACUAUUUCUUCAAUCCGUGAUCAGAUGAGCAUCAAACCAGAAACAAUUCAGACACCUUUGCUAGCUGGUCUACGCUUUGUAAAUGUAACUGACCAAAAUUUCUAUUACGCAUCCUGUCCACUAAUAGUCAAUGGACGGCCUUGCAAGAAAAAAUGUACACAGCAAGUUGAUGAUUCUUGGUUCUUCUCUAGAUGUCAAAUGACUAUGCAAGACUAUAAUUAUAGUUACCUCUUGCCACUAAAGUUACAAGAUGCCACAAGUACUCUAUGGGCCACUGCAUUUGAUGAGGGUAGCAUUCACUUGCUACACAAAACUGCAAAACAACUUUGUGCACUACAAAAUGAUGCAACAACAAUAGAGACACCUUCCUCGGUGUUUAAGAGACUACUGUCACAUCACUAUUCAUUCACACUGUUGGUUUCCACUGAGACAUAUAAUUCAGAAUCAAAGAUGAAAGUGAUAGUCAAUAAAGUCGCUCCUCUUGAUUUCAAAGCUGAGUGUCAUGCACUACUUGCAGAAAUUGGCCACCUAAGUACACGGACUUAG